UGUGCUCACACAUGACGCAGGUGAGUAAAUAUAUCCAUUCUGAAGAGCCAGCACAGGUGAGAACGACUAACCGCAGCUAUGGACACGGACCAAAACAGCUCUGUUCUCAAAGAGGGGUUCCUGGUUAAGAGGGGACAUGUUGUUCACAAUUGGAAGGCUCGGUGGUUUGUCUUGAUGCCAGACAAGUUGCUUUAUUACAAGUACGAGGGGGGCAAAAGGGGCUCGUGUCAACGGGGGAGGAUAAUGCUGAAAGACUGUGUAAUUACCUGUCCGUUUCUGGAGUACGACUAUCGGCCGCUGGUAAUCAGGCUGCAGACGCAGAGCUGUGGGGAGCACUUCCUGGAGGCGUGUUCUCGUGAGGAACGAGAUGAGUGGGCUGCUGGCAUCACCGCCGCCAUGACGACGCUCCGCCUCAAUGAUGCUCCGCCAGACAACCAAUCAGAAGCAGCUCCACCCAAGUCCCUGGGGCUGCAUAACAUCAACCUAAGCCAGGUGGUGGACUCCAUGUAUGACAUCCACAGCGGCAUCAGGAUGACCAGCCUGACAGAGCAAUGCAGCACCUACAGUAACUGCUUCUCAGGCUCGUCGGUGGUGGACUGGCUGGUGUUCAUGCAGCUGGUCCUGACCCGUGUGGAGGCCGCCACCCUGGCCUCGGCCCUGCUGGAGGAGGGCUUUCUCCGGCCGCUGGGCUUCCGCAGCGUGGAGGCGCUGCGCAGCGCGGGUCUCAGCCAGCAGUUCCUGGAUGACUCUACGGCUCUCUAUGGCUUUUCUGACAGCUUCAAGAAGAGAGGGAGUGUGAAACCCGAGAAGACACUGUCAGCCGUCGAGCUGGCUGGGAAAGUAGUCAAGAGGGGCUACUUACUCAAACAGGGUCACAAAAGAAAGAACUGGAAGGUGCGUCUCUUUGUUCUUCGAUCACAGCCUGGCUACCUGCACUACUAUGACCCCAGCAAGUUUCUGUGGCCAGACAUGUUGUUUGUGCUUUGUCUCAUCCACUUCCUGUCUGGUGUCACCUGUCAGGAUGACAUCAACCCUGCGGGCGGCUUCUCCCUGCGCGGCUGCCUGGUGUCGGCCCUGGAUGACAACGGAGUACCCUCAGGCGUGAAGGGAAAUGUUCAGGGCAACCUGUUCAAAAUCAUCACUCAGUCGAACGCACACUAUUUCAUCCAGGCUCCGACACGCCAGGAGAAGACAGACUGGAUCGAGGCGGUGCGAGGACACAGUUAGUGGAACUCUUUCAGCCAAGCCGAGGUUCACCACACAGAACAGGAAAUAUAACAGAUGGAACAGAUACAUUGAAUUGAACUAUUAGUAUGACUUCAGAAAACCUUCUUCUCCUUGGGUCUAUCUAGUAGCAUACUAAAUGUUGUAAUCCGGUUCUUAGUAUCAUCCAAUAUUUAAACCAUCUUCCAUUUUAAGUAAUGUAUUACACAUUCUAUGAAUGUAAUCAAAAGUUGUAGCCAAAAUGAAAUAUUAAAAUACUGUUGCAA